AUGAUUAUCGAUUUUCUGGGUGGCACAAAUUCAUUUGAUGUAAAAAAUGAUUUAGUUGCUUUUGAAUAAGGAAACAGUUUACUAUUGCUUGAUACUACAAAUAAUUCUAAAGUUUAAAUGCAUGGCCAUGUUAAUUAGAUUGUAGCGAUCUGUUUUUGUGGAUAGAAUCUUAUUGCAUCUGUAAGUAUGGGAUUUAAGAAUCAUCUAUAAAUAUCAGAAUUUGACUCCUUUAAUCGAACUUUCGAUGACUAUUUACCUGACACUGAUAAGAAAACAGUCAACAUAUUUAUGGAGAAUAUUAAUAAUUAAUUGAUUCUCAUUGAAGUUAAUACAGGUCAUCGAAUACUUGUUUAUGACAUCCAACAAUACAAGCUAGUUUUCAUUACUGAUUUAGAUAAUCUGAACCCUUGCUAUGGGUUUUCUUAUUUGCCCACAAAACCAAAAACUAAAUUGUGUUUCAUGUGUAAUGGAUAGGUAACACUUUGGAACUUAGUAUCGAAUAGUGUUCAAAUAACAAAUAGAAUCACUUUAAAGAAUAUCAAACAUAUAGACACCAACAAAUCUUUGAAUUUAAUCAUUCUUAUAUUGGUAACAGGAGAUUUAUACAUUCUGAAUUCAGAUGGAGAUCUGAUUUCUUAAUUAAAAGCUCCAGAUUAAGAAUUUACUGCCUCCACAAGCUUCGAAUAAUAUUUAUAUCUAUCCACAAGGAGUGGUAAAAUAUUUAUAUAUGAAAUAUCUACCCUUAAAUUUGUAACAGAGAUUCACGCAAAUGAUACUUGCUAUUGUGUAUAAUUAAAGCACUCUAAUCAAAUUCUAGUUUUCUCCUUGAAUGAUUCUACCUUGGUCACUAUGGAUAUCAAUAAAAGAAUAAUAUUAAAUUAAUAAAAUGGGCAUGGAGGGAGAAUCAAUCAAGUUUCUUGGGAUCCUGUGCAAAGCAAUUAAUUUUAUUCAUGUUCAAAUGAUGGCUCUUUUGGAGUCUCUAAUUCUCGUGGAGAUAAAUUCUCAAUGAGUAAAUAUUACAUUGGGUAAUUUCAGACUAAAAUUAAGUGUUGUGUCAUUGACAAUUAUAGAGAUGAUAUCUAUUUAGGAGACAAUAAAGGAUAGUUAUUUGUUUUCUCUUUAAACAAUGUGUAAUUCCGUAGACAAAUUGCUUUAACUUAAAAUCUAGGAAUUAAAGAAAUGCAGUUCAGUCCCGCAUAUCAGUAUUUGGGAGUAGCCUUUAAAAACGGAUUUACAAUUAUAUUAGAUUGUGAAAAUUAACUCAAGCCUGUACUGAAGUUGGAAGAUAGACUUGAAAACAUAUCCUUUGUGGGAAUCAAGCUAUUUUAAUUAGAAUUUGACAUCGUUAAAGUUAACACUCAAGCAUAUUCAACAUCCUAUAUUCCAAGGAAUGACAAAUCAUUCAAUUCAUUGACAAUUUAUAAUCAUAAUUCUGUGAGGAGACAUCAAAUUGAUAAAGGAAAUUCUUAGUUAUCAGCUUUAGCUCUAAGCAUAUAUACAAUUGAAGGUACAAUAUUUGGAUUUGAUUUACACCCUUCAAAAGAUUACAUUCUAAUUCUAUCAAGUUAUGGAUUUGUUUAUAUAUACAAAAUCUAAAGCUCAGAGAGGAGAGCCAAAAUAACAGUUCCUCCUUUUUCAAGACAUCUAAAGAUAGAUAAAUCUGGGUUAUACUUUGCUGUUGCUCAUUUACCGUUAGUUAAUGCAUCAGAUAAAUAAUUUAUAGAGAUUCCUUCAAUAGAAUAUUUGACUAAAAAUGCAAAGAUAAAUAAAAAGAUGCUUCCAACAAAUAUAAGAAUAUAUGAAUGUGGAACAGGUUUAGUGGCUGAAUAAAUUAAUAGAAUAUUCAGUAUAGUUUCAUUAGACUUCUCAAAUGAUGGAUAAUAUUUGUUGGUUGGAGGCAAGAAAGGCAAGAUUUCCUUAUGGGGAUUAAGUUAAGAUUUGAUUUAAAGUGCAGAGGAUGUCAUCAAAGAUAUGAAACUGAAUCCGUUCUUUUGGAGAGACUUCUAGAUCUAUAUUGAUGAGGAGGAAAUCUAAGAAUAAGAUAUUUUAGAUUUGGAUUUAUUAGCUAAGAAGUUGCCAAAUAAGCCAAUUGUGUAAAGUUAAAAAUAUCAACAGAUUGUUAAUCCGCAUACAAUGUAUAUCAAUUUCAUAAUAUUAGAUUGUAAAAUCCAGGAAGUACAAGUUCAAGAUAUGAAUUAUAGUGA